CCCGGUCAAUCGCGACCGAAUGGAAUGAAUCCCCACCUCCUCACCCAACCCAACCCAACCCAGGCCAAGUCUCCUCUUCCACCAUCCCCUUCCUCUCCCCCAGGUCGUCUCCCCCUCAGCCGCAUCCACCCCUCCCACUACUCCCCCUCCAAAUCCCCACCCCUGACGCGGCGUUUUCUUCCUCUGGCCCCGCCCACGGCGCCUCGCCGCGCCAUUUCGUCCAGUUCUUGAUCUGUGAUCCUCCCGUCGUCGCUCACCUGCUGCCUGGGGCUUGGACAAGCCGGGCCUGAAUCGCCGCCGGGCUCCGGCGCUACCCGCUGUUUGUUCCGUCAGCCGCGGAUUCUGAGGCAGACAGAUCCUUGUGGUGCUCGCUGGAUUGGGGCAGCUAGUCAGGUGGUGCUGCCUUUGUUGGUGCCGGCGACCAGGUUGGACGCUGCGGUUGAUCCGGCGGCGUUGAUGAAUUCGCGCCGGUCCAGGUCAGUCAAGCUCGUGUCGGCGCGCGCCAGCAGGCCCCUCGAGGUGGACAUCGCCGAGGAGGAGGACCCCCGGAUGAGCUCCUCCGCCGACAACACCGUCUCCUGCUGCAUCGCCAGGGGCCACAAGGUCAUCUACUGCUACAACAGCAAGGACGGUGACCCGCAGAUGGAGGCCACCGCCGCGCUCUGCCUCGAGAACUCGCCCGCGCACCACCGGCAUUACAUCCACACCUCGGGCUCCACGAGCUACGCCUACCUGAUGGCCGACGGCCACACCUUCUUCGCCAUCAUCGACCCCAGCGUCGGGAACGCCGGCGCCCUGCAGUUCCUGGAGCGAGUGCGGGACGUGUUCAGGAAGAACGCGAGCAGGAAUGGGUUCCAUGACUCGCUGGUGCCGGCUGUGCAGAGGCUGGUGGCGUCGCUGGAGAAGAUGCCCCACGCCACGUUCGUCCUUGAGGAGAGGAGUACGGAGAGGGGAGGGAUGAAUGAGAGCUCCAGCUGCACAUCGUCGAAGGUGCCUCUGCUGGGGAAAAGUGGGAGCAGGAAGGAGAAGAAGAAGUCCAAGGAUAAGUUGGCGUCGGCAGGGGACGGCGAGGAUGAGCAUCAUGGGGCUAGGGGGGUGAGGAUAGAUGUGCCGGCAGAGGAGGUCAGCGGCAUGUCGUUGGAGCGGAGCUCAAGCCAGUCCAGGCUGCGACGGCAGCAGCCCUCGCGGUCCUUGUGGAUGCACCAUGUGAAGAUCAUCAUAAUUGUCAACGCCGUCGUCUGCCUGGUGUUGUUUGCUGCUUGGCUGGCCGUAUGCAAGGGCUUCCAAUGUGUUUCAGGGCGAUGAAACAGAAUCCCUACAUCGAUUGUGUACAGUUUUUGAGGUGGCUCUGAAUUUGGUGAGGUUUGAUGCCUUCCUUAUUGGAAAGGUAAAUAUAAGGCAGGAGAAAUGUUGAUAUACUAGAGAUCAUGUGGUAAAAAAGGCAGUGAACAUUGCGAUGGAUGCUACAAUUAUCAAGUAACAGUAUGUAGAUGACCAGAUCAUGAAAAUAGGAGGCGUGAUGUCUUGAACAACAUGUACAUAUGCUUCAUUCCUGUACAUGAGAAUUCGAUAGGAUUUUUUCUUCUUCUAGAUAUUGUGUCCCCGCGUGUGUGAUAUAUGAUUCCUUUGCUAAUAAUAGAUGUGCAGAUGGUAAUAUGAUGCAUACCUUGCUUAACAGUAUAUGA